GUGUGUUUCAUUGGUCAACCAUUCAAAUGCUGAUUAUUGAUUGGUUAAUGUUGUGCCGUGUAGUUUGAAACUGCACAAAUGUCAUAACAGAACAUUUACAGUGGACGGCUUUUAAUUUUAAAAAUAUACUGAUGACUGACAGAAAGAGGUGAAAGAUGUCAGGCGUUAGCAUUGUUAGUGAAGGUGGUUUGGAUGAUGAUGGUGUCGCUUUUGAGUUUUCAAUGUUAGAUCAAGGUGUCUCAUACCCAGCAGACAUGGCGGGCUUGCCAACCUCCACACCAAAUCUUGCAAAACUGAAACGACGCAGUAGAAAGUCCUGGUUUGACACUCCAAAUCAAAUCAAAUACGAAAUAGCAGUUGAAAGUCCACAUGCAACGAAACCAGUGAGACGCAAGAGUGAAAAUAUGGAGGUCUUGACAUUAACACACUUCACAGCACCUCCAAGGCUGGGCUUUGGAACAAUGAAAUUGGGACAAGAAAAAAUGUGCAUCCUCAUGCUUAGAAAUCCACAUGACUAUGAGCAGCAUGUUAGAGUUGAGAAAGUCCCCGAGAAGAAACAUUUUACUGUAAAUUGUCGAGAAAUGGUCGUUGGACCGGAGGAAUCUUUUCCACUGGAAAUUACAUGGUCCCCGAAGGAAGCAGGUGGUGUGCGAGAAAUGGUUCUUCUUCAUAUUGACAGCAGCUAUAGAUUGCAGGCAUAUGUGUUUGGUACAGUCACUGAACCACCCAAGAAGAAGAAGACAAAACGUGUUGGUUUACUUGCAUCUAAGGUUGCCAAGCCAUUCUCUGUAAUUCACACAGCAAGCUUGGCAAAUAUUGAUAAGCAGUACAGUCCAGAGAAGCAGACAACAAAACCAGCAUACCGCCCAGGGAAAAUGGCAACAAAAGCACCAACUGCAAGGAAUCAUGCAGUCAACAGCAAAACAAUGAAAGUCAAAGGCGUUUCUUGUGAGCCCAUAAUACAAAAUGUAAUUGUACAGAAAGAGAUUGAAAAGAUGGUGAAAAGACAGUCAACAGAAAAGUUGACUAAUUCCUUUGUUUCAAAAGAAGCUGCAAUUCCUCGCAAGAAGAUGAGAAGAUCGAACACUUAUUCAAAUGUUUCUGGUAUUGGUCUUGUUGUGCCCAUCAUACACAAUGAGGAGGUUACUGGUCACAGGGACACAAGUCUUCUGAAAGUUGGCGAAUGUGAUAUUAGUGGCCUGAAUGUUUUGGAAACAUCUGAUAAUAAUGUCAAUGUACUUCCAAGUUUUAUGAAAGUGAAGCAGGAAGUGGAUUCAGAACCAAGUUUUAUGAAGAAUUUUAAGUCUAGAGAUGGGCCAAAAUCAAAUGUUAUACAAAACAGUCAGCCUAGCUUUCUUGAUGAUGAUGGAUGUUCAAAUAAUCUGGAACCCAGUUUUCUGAUGCCUUGUCCUAAAACACUGAAACAUGUAAAAUUGGAAGACAGUUUUCAGGAUAGCUUAGAUAUCAAAGAAGAUCAGGAGAAUGUAAAACCAGAAGAACCAAGCUUCCUCCAGUCAAAAGACAAACUUAAAUCAUUGAGAAGAAGUGGAAGGCUGGAUAAGCAUUCAGAAUUGAAUGUUCUUCGUAGCAUCAAGAAAAAUCAAAGGGAAGGAGGAACAAAUAAAAAACGUCGCUCAUCAGAUGGGAAUUCUGUUCUCAAGCAGUUAAAGAACUUGAAGACUUUCAUUCAUGAAAAAAGUUUGGAAAUUGAAGAAAAUUGUGCUAACCUUAGUUUAGAAAGAUCAGAAACAUUUGCUACACAGACAAAGUCACCAAGAUUCUCAAUGGUUGCUACUGGUGACAUUCGUAGAGGAACAUUUGUAACAGGUCCAGCAAAGAUAAAGUUAUUAGAAGAUCAAAAACCAUCGGAAGCUAGUCCCAGAAGAACCACAUUCACAGUUCUGAAAACAGUUGAACAAAAUGUGAAAAGAACAGCAAGUACAAUUCACACUGGAACAUUAAAUGAAGAAGAAGACGAAGUUAUUUCCAACAUAGGUGCUAUUGAACGAGCUUUAAAAGCUAACAAGAAUAAUAUUGUUCAUGACGAACAAAACAAGGAGCCUAAACUUGAGAGAAUGUAUUCUGCAGAUAGCUUAGACAAUAAUUCUCUAGAAGAGAAGUUUGGUUCCGCACAAAACAAAGAGCCUAAACUUGAGAGAAUGUAUUCUGCAGAUAGCUUAGACAAUAAUUCUCUAGAAGAGAAGUUUGGUUCCGCAACAGAAAUUGUGACAGAGCCAACGGAGAACUAUUCACGUCGUGCCACACUUACUGUGACAAAGUCACAUCCAUCAGAAGCAUUGAUUCAGCAUCAUGCACAGAAAUCUGGUGCAGUGACAUCUCUUUUCAGGACAGCAAAGAAAAAUCCAAUUGAAUGCAUUCAAGAAGAAGAUGCAAGCCAGAGUCAACAUUCUGCACAAAAUAGCACAUUUGAAGUAUCGGCAGAGGAAAGUGUGUUGCUGAAAGAUGCUGAUUUCCAGCCAACUCCAGUUCACCUGCCUACCAGUCCACUGCUGAACCUUUCAAGAAGGUCAACACAUGUUGUUCUUAAGCCCCAAGUGGUUAAUAUUACUGGGAACAGUGGCAUACAGGUUAUAAAGGAUGCUAAAAAUGUUAAUUCAGACCAUUCAAUAAUAAAUGCAAGGAUGCAGUCAGAAUCAGCUAAAACUUGCACUGAAAUAAUACCAUAUAUAGUCCCAGAGAUCACGGAAGACAUUGAUGUAUUUUCUCCUCCAAGUGCCAAUACUAGACGAAGAACACUUUCUGCUAGAAGGUCUUUGGGUAAGAAAAUAGAACAUGAUGUCAGUCAAGAUUCCAUUGCAUGUGAAAAUGCCAGCAACGUUAAUAAACCUUAUUGUCCUGAAGGUGAUGUGCUGAGUCUGUUUUUUAUUCCUGUGGACAAAGACAAUAUUGAUGAGCAAGUGAAGAAAAGAGUCCAUAAAGCUGAACCCAAGCAAUUUCUGAAAAAACGUAGCAACCCCUGUACACAGGAGGUAGACCAGAGGACAAAACGAGUUUGUAAUGAGAAAACGACUGUAGCAGACACCAAGAGCAACAUGGCAACUACAGUCAUACAAAGAAAACCUGGCUCCACAUCCAAUCAGGAUGCUCGCCAGCCAGUGAAGCCAAAAACCAGUAUAAUGAAGGGGCUUGCUCAGUCCAAACUGAUACUCACCAAGAAGUCAAAAUCAGUCAUUCCAAAGCAUCCACUAGCCUUUGCAGCUAAGAACAUGUACUAUGAUGAGAGAUGGAUAGAGAAGCAGGAGAGGGGUUUUGUCAACUGGCUGAACUUCAUACUGACUCCAGCAGAUGAAAAUAAGGGAAGCGAUGUCAAAGUGAAAGUUGAUGCGGGAAAGCUUGCCAUCGAUGUUGAAAAAGGACGUGGACAGUUAGCCCCAACAAAUGAAAUCCUUUCGUUUCGAACCUACGCGGCCCAUCGGAAGCUGAACCGUCUGCGGAAGUGUGCAUGCAAACUUUUCCAGAGCGAUGCUGUCCGCCAUGUGAUCCACAAACUUGAGCGCGAAGUGGAGAGUGGAAGGCUUCUGGUUAGGAAGGACAAGAUGCUGCAUGCAGACCUGGGAGCCAAGCAAAGAGUCCUCGAUAUGCUACUCUCCUACAAUCCUCUGUGGCUUAGAAUUGGGCUGGAGACAAUCUAUGGAGAAGUGGUCAUGCUACAGAGCAACACAGACGUCUACGGCCUAUCCCGGUUCGUUAUCACCAGGCUGCUGUCAAGCCCCGACAUUGCCCAGGCCUAUGCACAUCCCACAGUGCCACAUCUCUACAGAGAUGGUUAUGGUGAGGCGAGUGCCCAGCACACACUAAAGAAGUUCCUCAUGCUGGUGUACUUUCUGGAUCAGGCCAAACAGCAACGGCUCAUUGACCACAACCCUUGCCUAUUCUGUAAAAACUCGGAAUUCAAGGCUAGCAAAGACUUGUUGCUCCAAAUCUCUCGAGAUUUCCUUUCUGGUGAGGGUGACAUCACACGUCACCUGGGUUACCUUGGCUACAAAGUGACCUACACUCAGACAGCCCUGGAUGAGUUUGAUUUUGCGGUGAAAAAGUUGGCUGUAGAUCUGAGGGAUGGUGUUAGACUUACGCGUGUGAUGGAGAUGCUGUGUGAUCGGAGGGAUCUCAGCGCCAGUCUACGUAUGCCAGCAAUCAGUAAACUGCAGAAGGUCCAUAACAUGAAACUGGUGUUCAAGGUGCUAACAGACCAGCAGGUGGACACGGGCAAGGCCAGUCCAGGUGACAUUGUGGAGGGUCAUCGUGAGCACACCCUGCAGCUUCUGUGGCACAUGAUCCUGCACUUCCAGGUCACCUUGCUGGUCAACAUGGACCAGCUCAGGGAGGAAGUGAGGCUCCUUGAACGCAGCCUGCACAUCAAACACAGGCUCAUUGCCCUGGCUGCUCUCAAGCCAUUCGAAAAAGAAAUUCGUCGUGAUUCGAUCAUUGGAGACCUUCAUACACAGGACAACAGAUUGAACCUGUUACUGCAGUGGUGUAGGGCUGUCUGCGCUCACUUUGACAUCAAGGUAGAGAACUUCACUGUGUCUUUCUCUGAUGGUCGUGCCCUGUGCCACAUUGUGCACUUCUACCACCCUGGCCUGCUGCCCCUGGGCUCCAUUGCCCAGCAGACCACAGUGUCCCAUCUGGAAGAGCUGGAGAGGAGGGGAUCCCAGGACUGCAGCCUCAAUGACAGCACCAGCAGCGUUGCUGUGUUUGGAGAAAUGCAAGAUCCUGAAGUCUUUGAAAAACUGAUUAACAACGACAAAGAAAACUUCAAAUUGCUUUCAGAAAAAGUGAAGGAGCUGGGAGGUGUGCCUAUGAUGUUGCACUGGUCAGACAUGUCCAACACGAUCCCAGACGAGAAGGUGGUUGUGACUUACCUACUCUACCUGUGUGCCCGCCUGCUGGACAUCCGCCAUGAGUCUCGGGCCGCAAGGCUCAUACAGCAUGCCUGGAGGGCUUACCAAAUGAGGAAACGUGAACUCGAACUUAAGGAGAAGACUAAUGCAGUGAUAGUUAUGCAGCGUGCAGUGCGAGCAUUUUUAAAAUCUCGCCGCCAGGCAAGACAGAAUGCAGCUGCUUUGAGCAUACAGAAGGUUUGGAGGGGUUACAAGGACAGAAAACUGGCCAAACAGCUGCGAAUGGAACUGGCCAUGCAGGAACAAAUCUCAGCUGUAAAACUUCUUCAGGUGGCAAUCAAACGGUACUUGUUCAGGCGUCAGUUCCUGCAGAUGAAAGCCUCCAUAAUAAAUGUACAGGCUUGUUGUAGAGGUUAUCUGUACAGAAAAGCGAAAUGUGAAUCAGCGACAACCAUUCAGCGCGUAUAUCGUGGCUACAAGGCUCGCAAAGAGCUUUCUUGGAAAACAGCUGCAGUUGCCAAAAUACAGGCCUUUUUCAGGGGCUUCCUGGUCCGCAAACAUUUGAAGAAGAGUUCUAAUGCUGCAAGAGUAAUUCAAUGCUGGUACAGAGCACAAACAGCCAUGAAAAAGGAUAUACUGACUUUUCAAUCUUUGAAGCAAUCCUCUAUUGCAGUGCAGAGGUUUUGGAGGGGUUUGGUCGAAACAAGAACGCUGAGAAAGGAGUUUCUUUCACUGCGAGCUGCUGUGCUAAAGAUUCAGGCUUCUGUUAGAGGCCAGAUUCAAAGAUCCAAAUAUCAGAGGAUGAAAGUAGCAGCCAUAGUGAUACAGAGUCAUGUUAGAAGCUGGAGAGUCCAGAAAGCCUACAGAGUUGUUCUAGCACACAGUCAUGCUGCAGCUAUGAUGAUACAGGCAGCUUUCAGGGGUCACAUGGUGAGGAAGCAGCUUCAAUCUGAACACAGGGCAGCCACUGUCAUCCAGGCGAGAUUCAAGGCCUUUGCAGAGAGGAAAAGGUUCCAGAAACUGGUUAAUGCAGUCUGCACUUGCCAACAGCUGUACAGGGCAAAAUGCAUUGGAACUGUUCAGAGACAAGAGUUUUUGCUACAGAAACAAGCUGCUGUUAAGAUCCAAUCACAUUUCAGGAAGUGGAAAUCCCAAAGGCAUUUUAAAGCAUGUAAACAGGCAGCAGUUCAACUGCAAGCCUGGUUCCGGUGCCAUAGAGCCCAACAUGCUUUCAAGAGAUGUAGAACAGCUGCCAUGGUGAUCCAAUUAUACUGGAGAGCAACCAUCUCUGGCAGGAGGCAGUUUGAUUUGUACCAGAAACAGAAGAAUGCUGCUAUCAAAAUACAGAGUGCUUACAGAGGCUCAGUGUGCAAAAGAAAAUAUUUAUCAAUGCACUCUGCAACUGUAACAAUUCAGGCCCAAUGUCGAGGCUACUUGUAUCGAAAGCAGAGACACAACGCAGCUCUCACUAUUCAGCGUAUCUACAGAGGACACAUAGUGAGAAAAGUUGCAAGACAGAGGCAAAUGGCUGCCAUGAAAGUUCAAGCAUAUUACAGGAUGUGUCUGGCUAGACAGAAGUUUAAUAUGUUAAGAAAGGCAGCUUCAAUCAUUCAGUCAAGAGUGAGAGCACAUGUAGCCAUGAGAGCUCAGCAACAGACUUACACAUCUCUAAAAAGGUCCUGCAUUGUUAUACAGAAGUUUUGGAGGGGUUUGGUAAAAACCAGAACCCUGAGAAAGGAGUUUCUUGCACAGCGGGCUGCUGUGCUAAAGAUUCAGGCUUCUGUUAGAGGCCAGAUUCAAAGAUCCAAAUAUCUGAGGCUAAAAGCAGCAGCCAUAGUGAUACAGAGUCAUGUUAGAAGCUGGAGAGUCCAGAAAGCCUACAGAGUUGUUCUAGCACACAGUCAUGCUGCAGCUAUGAUGAUACAGGCAGCUUUCAGGGGUCACAUGGUGAGGAAGCAGCUUCAAUCUGAACACAGGGCAGCCACUGUCAUCCAGGCGAGAUUCAAGGCCUUUGCAGAGAGGAACAGGUUUCAAAAACUGGUUAAUGCAGUCUGCACUUGCCAACAGCUGUACAGGGCAAAAUGCAUUGGAACUGUUCAGAGACAAGAGUUUUUGCUAAAGAAACAAGCUGCUGUUAAGAUCCAAUCACAUUUCAGGAAGUGGAAAUCCCAAAGGCAUUUUAAAGCAUGUAAACAGGCAGCAGUUCAACUGCAAGCCUGGUUCCGGUGCCAUAGAGCCCAACAUGCUUUCAAGAGAUGUAGAACAGCUGCCAUGGUGAUCCAAUUAUACUGGAGAGCAACCAUCUCUGGCAGGAGGCAGUUUGAUUUGUACCAGAAACAGAAGAAUGCUGCUAUCAAAAUACAGAGUGCUUACAGAGGCUCAGUGUGCAAAAGAAAAUAUUUAUCAAUGCACUCUGCAACUGUAACAAUUCAGGCCCAAUGUCGAGGCUACUUGUAUCGAAAGCAGAGACACAACGCAGCUCUCACUAUUCAGCGUAUCUACAGAGGACACAUAGUGAGAAAAGUUGCAAGACAGUGGCAAAUGGCUGCCAUGAAAGUUCAAGCAUAUUACAGGAUGUGUCUGGCUAGACAGAAGUUUAAUAUGUUAAGAAAGGCAGCUUCAAUCAUUCAGUCAAGAGUGAGAGCACAUGUAGCCAUGAGAGCUCAGCAACAGACUUACACAUCUCUAAAAAGGUCCUGCAUUGUUAUACAGAAGUUUUGGAGGGGUUUGGUAAAAACCAGAACCCUGAGAAAGGAGUUUCUUGCACAGCGGGCUGCUGUGCUAAAGAUUCAGGAUUCUGUUAGAGGCCAGAUUCAAAGAUCCAAAUAUCUGAGGCUAAAAGCAGCAGCCAUAGUGAUACAGAGUCAUGUUAGAAGCUGGAGAGUCCAGAAAGCCUACAGAGUUGUUCUAGCACACAGUCAUGCUGCAGCUAUGAUGAUACAGGCAGCUUUCAGGGGUCACAUGGUGAGGAAGCAGCUUCAAUCUGAACACAGGGCAGCCACUGUCAUCCAGGCGAGAUUCAAGGCCUUUGCAGAGAGAAACAGGUUUCAAAAACUCAAAGCAGCCACUGUGCUGUGCCAGCAAGUAUACAGAGCAAACCUGGCAGGCAAGCUACAAAGGAAAUCGUAUUUGAAAGUAUACUCUUCUGUCCUCUUUAUUCAAUCACAGUUCAGAAUGCUGAAGAGCAGAAAGCAGUUUGUCACAUGCAAGAAAGCUGCUGUGAAAAUACAGUCAAUGUUCAAAGGUCAGUUAGCGCGACAGAGGUAUUUGCAAUAUCGCAAUGCAGCUCAUGUUCUGCAGAAACACUGGAGAGCAAGGGUGGCAUGUGCCAAACUGUCCUCUGAUUAUCAGUCCCAACGACUGGCUGCCAUCAGGAUACAAAGUGCUAUUCGCAGACUUUUUUGUAGGCAGAAGUACCUUAUGUUGAGAUCAGCAGCAGUGAAAAUUCAAGCCGUAUGUCGAGGCUGGCUGUUUAGAAAGAAGCGCUUGAAUGCUGCUGUAACUGUUCAACGUUUGUAUAGAGGUUACAUGGUAAGAAAAUGCUUUCAACAAAAAAAGAUUGCAGCCAGGAAGAUUCAGGCACACUACAGAAGGUAUCAAGCUGUUCAGAAUUUUAAAGCUUGCAAAGUAGCAGCCAUCACAAUUCAGAGCAAAAUAAGAGCACAUUUGGCUAUGAAAAGGCAAAGAGAUCAGUAUGAAAAUAUGAAAAAAUCUUGCAUCAAUUUACAAAGAAGAUGGAGAGGUUAUCUUAUAACCAAAGAACUGAGGGGAAAGUUCUUACAGCAAAGGGCUGCUGCCGUACGAAUCCAAUCUUAUGCCAGGAAAAUGAUCCACAGGAGCCACUAUUUGAAGUUACGAUCAGCUGCCAUAGUUAUCCAGAGUUAUAUUCGAACAUGCCGCGUUAGAAGAGCCUACAAAGUAUUGUUAGAGCAUAGCCAUUCUGCAGCUACAGCUAUACAAGCAACAUUCAGAGGAUAUAAAGUCAGAAAACAGAAGUGCAUGGAAAAUAAUGCAGCAACAGUAAUUCAGACACUCUUCAGAAAGUGGUAUGCAAGAAAUGCUUAUCAGAACCUGAGAAAAGCAGUUAUUUUGUGCCAGGUACGCGUCAGAGCUAAGCAACACUCAAAUUUGCAAAGGAGAAAAUUUUUAUUAAUAAAAGCAGCAGCUGUUAUAAUUCAGGCAAAGUACAAAAUGAUUCAACAAAGGAAAAAAUAUCUCAAAGAAAGAAAAGCUGCCAUUACAAUCCAAGCUUGGUACAGGGGCCAUGUUGCCAGGAGCCAAUACCAAAUACAGCACAGUGCUGCUUGCAUCCUACAGAGACACUGGAGGGCAGAGCUCGCCUGUCGUGGGCAAGUGUUGCAGUACCACAGGCUUCGAGACGCUGUGAUGGCUCUGCAGGCCAGGCAUAGAGGCAACCUUGCUAGACAUCACACUGCUAGAAUCAGAGCUGCAAUAAAAAUCCAGGCCUUUAUUAGAAUGGUUCUUUUCAGAUCAGACUACCGGAAAAUCAGGUCUUCAGCUGUUAAGAUACAGGGCCAGAUUAGAAUGUACCGUGCUCGGCAGGUACUGGAAGGUUUGAGAGAGACAAGGCUGUGGGAGAGGGAGGUGUACCUAACCAGGGUUGCCGUGGUAAUCAAGGUGCACCUUGCUGCAGCUCGCAUCCAGCGCAGUUACAGAAAACACCGUGUGAUGACUCUUGCCAAGGAAAGGCUUCAUUGUAUCCUCAUUAUUCAGAACUGGAUGAGAAGUCAACUGGAACGUGUACGAUACCUGCGGACUGUAGAGCGAUUGAGAAAGCUGCAGGCCUGCGUUCGUUCAUGGAUUGCCAGGAGGGACUUUGCUGCGCGCUUGAUACAGAAGGCUGUCAAACGCUGGCUGGCAGAGGUUGGCAAUAUGAGAAAAAGGAAGGCAGCCAUAAAGUUACAGUCCAUGUGGCGAGGUCACUGUGUGCGGCGGGACUCUACCAGCAGGCAGGUGGCUCUGGUGCGAGCUCGUGUGCGGGUAGCCACGGCAGCGGCCACUGAGGAGAAGAAGCUGGCCAACCGCACCACUUCCGCCCUGGACUUCUUGCUACGAUACAAGCAUCUCUCACAGGUGCAGAAGGCUCUCAUGGACCUUGAUGUUGCCACACGGUUGUCAUGGAUGUGCUGUGAGAGGAUUGUGGCCACCAAUGCCAUCUCUGUGCUGUAUCGACUACUGCAGGGCUGCAACCGUAGUGUGGCUCACAUGGACCUUAUCAAGUACACCAUCAGCGUACUCCUCAACCUUGCAAAGUACGAGAAGACCCGUGGCAGAGUGUCUAGUGAGGAGGGAGGGCUGGGGGUGCUGGUGGAACUCAUGAGCAUCUACAGGGAGAAGGUGGCCAUCUUCACCAAGCUGUGUACCCUGUUGGGCAUCCUCAGUCUCGACAUGACGUGCAAGCAAGCUAUAAUGGAGGACAAGAAAUGUGUUGAAAAGUUGCGAAGCAUCCAGGCCUUAACGGCUCGUAAACACAAGUUGGAGGAGACGCAGAGGGUGACGAAAGCCCGCAUUAACUCAACACUCAACUCUACAUUAAUGAUCCGCUCUCCAGUUAAGAAACAAAAAAUCAAGCCUGACUGGUCUCUGCAAAAAGACAAAAUGCAAGAUUUUGACAGUCCGCUCAAAGCUAUAAACUUUGUGCUUGGAAAUCUUGGAAUUCAGACCAAAUGUUGAACUCUUUUACUAGAUUCGGAUUUAAAUAUGGCUUUGUUGUGAUUUGAGCGCUGCAAUUGAUGUCAUUAUGUCAAAUGGUAGAUUCUGUAUACAUGUAUGUAUAUGCUAUGUGAUUUACUUUGCACAGAAGGUUAUAUGUUUGAAAAUUUUAUGAACUCUGUACGGAAUGUUGGUUAUUCCCAAAUUGAUCUUGCAACUGCACACUUUACAUGGAUGUGUGUUGUCUGAUGUAUUUGUCUGUAUUUGUCAAUAUGAAUGUUUCUGUAAUUGUUACUUUGUUCUUCCACUCUUUUCACUUUUAUGUGUCAAGCUUUUACUUCUUGUACAUUCUCUUUGUAUGAAAUUCUUUUUAACAUAAUCAUGAUUUUAAAUUUAUAUGUGUAUCUUCCUUACCAUAAAUUCAGUUUUCUUUCUACUAUUAUUUGGAUCAUAUAAAGUCAUAACUGCUUACAUAUUCCAGUUUGAAAUAAACACUAUUGGAAUUGUUUAUGAUUAUUAAAAUAUGGAAUCUUAAAUUAUUGCAAUAAAUAAUCUGAAAAUCGUUA